AUGGGGACCACAAAGAGUGUCAGUGUGUUUACAGAGGAAGAACUUCAGGACUACAGGGACCUAACAGUUUUUACCAAAAACGAAAUUCAGCAUGUGUACGAGAGGUUCCAAGUGUUUGGUACGAAGAAAAACCCUGCAACAAAGGAGAGUAAAAUCCCCCGAGAAGACCUAUACAAACUAAAGGAACUGAGGGUUAACCCUUUCAAAGAUCGGAUAGUGACCGUGUUCUCGUCCAGUAGAGACGGAUACAUGACUUUCGAGGACUUUCUGGAUAUGAUGUCCGUUUUUAGUGAAAAAUCUCCAAUUCAAAUCAAAGCGGAAUAUCUGUUCAGGAUAUACGAUUUUGACGACGACGGUUACUUGGGCUGGGAGGACAUGAGAACAAUCAUCAACAGAAUGACAGGGGAUGAGAAACUGGAGGAAUCCGAUAUAGAUCAGCUUAUAGAGAACAUAUACAGCGAGGCAGAUGUUGAUGAUGACGGAAGAUUAUCUUUUCCCGAGUUUGACAAUAUCGUAGACAACUGUCCAAGUCUUGUAGGGAGAUUCAGGUUUCGUCUGUGA